GGUGCGCGCUCUCGAUCAAUCAAUCAAUCAUCAGCUCCUCUCCAUAGCCAGCCUGUGAGCAAGGCAUUGUUUGCUCUAUGUUCAAACCAGUGUGUGUGUGUGUGUGUGUGUGAGAGAGAGAGAGAGAGAGAGAGAGAGAGAGAGCCAUGAAACGCUAUAAGUGACGUCAUCGUUGUCUUGUGUCCAUGCCUGAAUCGAUCCCACGGUCGGGGCACCAUUCAUUAGCGACGUCAUCUACAUCUUCUACUCUUCGCCCUCGACGUCAAACGUCAGAACUCCACGCACGUGUGUGUAAAGGGAUAGUUGCCCGCUGAACAUACAUACAUUUUCGAACACAGCCGCUGUGAUCGAGCGAUCCACACACACACACACACACACACACACACACAGAGAGAGAGAGAGAGAGAGAGAGAGAGAGAGAGAGAGAGAGAGAGAGAGAGAGAGAGAAGAAGAAGAAGAAGAAGAAGAAGUGGGUAGGUAGAUGCAAAAUAAAAUUGUUGAUAACAAAGUACGGAAGAAAGGUAUUCAACGGGGUUGUCUUUCUGUGUUUGUUUCUCUCAUCCUUUUUUCGUCAUACGCCCAGCGCGUCCAUCAGCGCGUUCCUUCGCGCGGCCGUCUCCCGCACGCGGUUCAUCACUCCCGAGUUGUAAUGAUUGUUUUUUCAUCGUUUGUCUUUUCUUUUCUUCGCUUGUGUAUAUCUGAAGUUGCUCGAUCGAAUCGAUCAACAGAAUCCUCGCCUGAUUGAUUUUUCUUCCUUUUGUUUUUGCUUGUCUCUAGCCUUCUUCUCGGACUUGUGCGCAAUCAGAUGCACUCAUCGGGAGCUACCGAGAGAUAGGUAGGUAGAUAGAUAGAUGCAGAAGAAGAAGAAGGUCGCAGGAGUUGCGCAGUCCUAGGGAGGUUCACGCUCUGUUCUAAUACCAGAUUACUAGAUUACGUAAUCGAAGUACUAGAUUACGUAAUCGAAGUACUAGUUUACGUGAUCGAAAUACUAGAACAGCCUGUGAGAGAGGCGCCUCUUCCGUCAUCCAGUCCGUUCGGUGUCACGCUUAGCCCUUGCUUGGCUGACGUGGCAGUGUGGAAUUGUAGGCUGUAGCUAGUCUGACUAGCCGAGUGAGGGAAGCUCUGUUGUCGCGCUAGCUGGUGGUGUGUAGACCUAUGUGACGAGUAUAUCAGAUCGGCAGUUAAAUAGCUUUCCAGACCCGGAGGUGGUUCUGCUUGAAGGUAGGUAGGCAAGUCUCGUACACGUGGAGGAGCUUCAUGCAGGCCAUGAAUUGGGAUGUAAAUGCGGCCGUGGAUCUAUUUUUGGAAAAUGAGGGUACUCAGCUGGGCGUGAUGCCAGAAACCGCAGUCGGGUACCAAGUCAAGGAACCGGACGAGGAUGAUGGCGAAGAUGAUGAUGGGGGGUUUAGAGGGCGUGGGGAAGAGAUCCGAGAGCAGCAGCGGAGGGCAUCUGCUGCCCCGCCAGGCUCCUUCCCUAUUGGGUCUUUUUUAUCUGGGAUGUUCCCCCGUGUUGGCAGUGAGUCAUUCAUGGCAAGUGCGUUUGGAGAUCCUUGGGUGUUGAAUCAGUCACGACCACGAAAUGUUCGCGAUAUUCCAAUUAUGGGGGACGAUGAUGACGAUAAUGGGGCGGUUGGUGGAUUGAAGAUCUCAGAGAUACCUGUGGAAGAGGCAGAGAUGAUGGAGGCGAGAGAGAACGACCCCUCCCAGGCAGGAGGUAGUAGGGUAGAGAGCAUGGGUGGAAUUGGAGGAACGGGUGCGAAGCCAGCAGAAGGUAAAGCGUCAGGCCUGGGAGAGAGGGGCCCUGUCGUCGAUACCGGUGAUGAAGAUAAGCCGGAUUUACUUGGAGGGUACAUGGAUCCAGAUCUUCAGGACACAGAGGAACACAUGAUCAGGGCUGCAAUUGAAGAGUCCCGCAAGGCUGCAUUACAGUCGGGUGGAAACAACGAGGAACUCACAAGAAGUUUUUCUAGUUUGAACGGUGAUGAAGAUCUCGAACGUGCCAUGUCCCUUUCUUUGCAGACAGCAGAGCAGGAAAGACGGAAUCGAGAGCGUCAAGUGGAUUCCGAUGGCCAAGAUCCUCUUCUUCACGAUGAGGAUGGGGAUGAAGAUCCACCAGGGGGCCUAGUGCGGCGCACCGUUCAUCGUGAAGAAACAAGGCGAAGCACAAGAAUAAGUGAGACAACAGUGCAUCCUGGUGGUGAAGGACCGAGGAUGCGCUCAUUGGUCGUUGAGAGGGGAAGUAUAGGAGGGAACAGGCGAGCCAGAGGAAGGGGUGUAGGAGAAGCAGGAUCUAACAUUGGGCCAGUGAGGUCAGGUGGUGUUUCCUCCAGUGGAGGGGGAGGCAAUUCAACGCCUGGUCGCAGACGAGGAGGGCCUUCAACAAGGAAGUCUGCCGGAGGCAGUGGGCGAAGAGGGUGUGCCCCGUUGGAUGCAGAGGGUGAGGGGGGCCUAAGGGAUCUGGAGGGAGACAUUUCACGGGAUGUUGGGCGAGCUGCUGGAGGAAGAGGGGUGUUGGGCCGCGGUGGGCCAAAUGGACCAAGAGGAGACACCGGUGGUGCCACAGGAAGAAAUGAAAGCGGGGCUGGGCUGAUGGAUGCUCCAGAGGAUGAUGUUAUGGCAGACGCAGAGAACGGUCAUGAAGAGUCCCUUGGCCUGUCUUCUGCAGAGCGCGCAGAAGCUGUCAUGUUAGAGUCCGCUUUGUUUGGAGUACCUUAUCGGGGUGCUUCAGUGGAAACGGGAGGUUCUGCAUCACGGCGACCCCCCGUCAAUUCCCAGAUUCCUUCCACCUUUGAUGACGAUAGACAAUUGCGGGAGGAGCAGGAUACUGCAUUUGCAGCAUCUCUUCAAGCCGAUAGGGAGAAAGAAAUGGAGAGGCAACGGCGUCGCGAGGAAAUAGAAGCUCUUGAACGUGCUGAAGAGGAAAGCAGGCGAGAAGAAGGGCGGGCAAUGCAGCAAGCAGCAGAGGAGCUGGAAAGGGAGUUGGAGCGAAAGCGGCUCGACUUGCCUCCAGAGCCGGAGAACGGCGAUUCCUCUGCUAUCUACUUGAUGGUGAGACUACCUGAUGGAUCACGACGAGGGCGCCGGUUCCGAAGGCAGGACAAGCUACAGGCAUUGUAUGACUUCAUUGACGUCAGUGGAGGGGUGAAGCCAGGCUCUUACAGGCUGGCCCAGACUUUUCCGAAACGCCUCAUCAGUAAUGGGAAUGCAGGUAUUUCCUUGGAAGAAGCAGGACUUCUCAACAGACAAGAGACACUAUUUUUAGAGUGGCUCUGAGGCUGAGUUGGGUUGGGCACUCCUUGCACACAUUCAUGCUGUGCCCUCAACGCACGCACCGUACGUGCUUUUGUUGAUAAUCGGGUCUUGGGAGACUGCAUAACUUGCGUA